UUAGUCGAUGUUUAGGUUGUCUGAGAGUGCAUCUAAAGAAUCCAAACACCCCCUAAACCUAACAAAGGAGAACAUUUCUCCCCGCAGAAAUUAGCCCCUUUUACGUUUCUCUUUUACCUUAAUUUUUAUUUCUAAGAUUCAAACAUCAUGGAGACUGAAGGACAGAGAAGCUCGUCGAAUCCUUCACAAGUCCUGACAUCUCUGAUGAGUAAAAGAGAGAAACUUCAAGAAGAGCUAAGAGGCAUCGAGAAGCAGGUGUAUGAGCUGGAAACAAGCUAUUUGCAAGACUCAAGUCAGGGUGGCAAUGUACUGAAAGGUUUUGAAGGGUUCCUAUCUUCAACUAAGAGCACCACAAAUCUAAAGCGCUCCAGGAAGUUCCAGCCUGAGGAUCGGCUGUUCUCGCUAUCAUCUGUUACAUCACCAGCAGUUGAAGAACAUAUGGUUGGACGAGAUGAUGGAAGGUCAGAUUUUGGUCUAGGCCGGUCAAAAGGCGCUGGUGCAAAUGGACAGGGAAAACCGAAGAAGGGUGGUGGGAGAAAUACACCCAGAGAUAUAAGGAGAAUCAGGCCAUCAAGUGAACAUGAUAUGGACGACGAAGAUGAUCUAGAUUUGAGCUUGAGAUGAUUGACUGAGUGUUUCUAGUUGCCAUUCUAUAGGUACUUCACUCUCCAGUCAAACCUUCAGAUAUUCUAACCGUUACAGCUUGAAAAUAUCCUUGUAUUCAUUAAAUUAUUAGUAAACAUCAGGUUUUUUACUACUAGAAUGAUCUCACUUGGAUUGGAACUGCAAUCCUUGGAUUUGUUGUUUCAUUCGUAUUUAAGGAAUGGCUUUCUUUGUCUUAAAA